UCGUUCCUUGCCCGUCAGCUCACUAGUCGUGCCGCGCCGCUCGAGCAGGGGUCACUGUUACAACCUUACUUGUUCGAAGAAGCCAUUCGGUUAUGUGGGGCUUUUACAGGAAGCUUGCCGGCAGCGAUGUCGUUCCAACGGAUGCCACAGCAGGGACUUCGCAUGCUGGCAACCGAUCGCCUGCAGCCGAAGAGUCUGAAGAAGGGACAAAAGGACAAAAGAAAGCCUGGGUGAAGAACCUGCUGCAAAAAGAUGAGAAAAAAGAGGAAGCUAAGCCUGCUGCCGAGCCCUUCGUACAAUGUGACCACAAGACCGCCAGUCGUUGUCUGCUGAACCUUAUGCCAGUUGUAUCAGAGACUGUGUCGGGCACUCUACUCAACGGGACCUUCUUGCCCGACAUCUGUUUAGAAGUGGUCCACGAGCGUGCGUUUUCGAAGCUGCCAUUUCCAAAGCUGGCCAUGACUGUCGUCCUUUUUGCUGACAUCUCCGGAUUUACGGCGCUGACGGAGACCUAUUCUCUGACCGGAGCGCUGGGGAUUGAAGCAUUGACGAGGACGCUGAACCAUUUUUUCGGCCACAUCAUUCAGCAUAUAUUCACGGCCGGUGGGGACAUCUUCAAAUUUGCCGGUGAUGCCCUGUUCUGUAUCUGGAAAGUUGACGACCAGGACAAGGUGGCUGAGACCAUUCAAACUGUCGUUGACUGCAGCCUCAACAUCCAAAAGAACUACGGCGAGUGGCCGACAUGCAUCGGCGUAACUCUACGAGUCAAAAUAGGUAUUGCAACAGGAAUGCUCGAAUAUCAUUUCUUCAACGACGACUACGACUCCGUCCAUUAUUCGGCUAGCGGGCAGGUAGUGGAGCACGUCCGCAACGCUGAGAUGCUUUGCACCGCAGGGGAUACGAUCCUGUCAAAGGAGGCCUGGGGCUACCUUCAGGGCAAGAACAUCCAUCAGCGUUACACGUUCGAACCAUUACAGGACGAAAUGGUCAAGAUUACAGGUUUUGAUCCGUCGAUAUCCGAAGAGGAGAAAGUGUCCUUCACUGCUUUCUCGGGUGUCCGACCAGCUUUGUAUGCUCUCAACUUCGAGGAUGCUCCACUCUUGAAGCGCUUCAUAUCUCCUGUUGUAGUCAAUAUAAAGACCCAAGAAGAGCUCAUCUUCCUCUCGGAGAUGAGACAUGUGACUAUUGUGUUCGUUUGCAUGCCAGACUUCAUAGAUAUAGACCUGCUAACAUUAUCAGCCAUGUACCGUAUUGUGAGCGCAGCCUUGAAGGAAACAGACGGGGUGCUCAACAAGGUGAUUACAUUUGACAAGGGAUGUUCCUUCCUGGCUGUGUUCGGCUUGCCGGGCUACAAGGGAAAGAAUGAGACCUGUAAUGCACUCAUGUGUUCAAACAAGCUCGUGCAUGAGAUCAGCGCCAUGAAUAUCAAAGUGACAGCGGGGAUCACGUCUGGCAUGACCUUCUGCGGAAUCAUUGGCCAUCCACUACGGCAGGAGUAUACUGUGAUCGGUCGAAAGGUGAACCUUGCUGCGCGCCUUAUGAGCCGUUACUCGGACCACCGCAUCGUGUGCGACGAGGACACAUAUCAACGUUCCGUGCUGCUCAUGGGCCAAAACAACUUCCAGGAGCUUGAGUGGCGAAAACUCAAGGGCAUAGAACACAUGGGAAGGGUCUUCAAGGUGCAAAUAGCCACCGAAGAGGAAGUCAUGGAAGCGGUUCCUGAAUACAAGGGAACUGUAAUGGGAAUGCUCAAUGAGAAGGAAGUAAUCGAGUCCUUCUUGGUUGACUUCAUUGUGAAGCGUCGUUGUGCCAAGCAUAUGGUUCUUCUUCGAGGGGAAACUGGCUGUGGAAAGAGCCAUCUUGUCUACUGGACGAUGAAGUGUGCCGAGCGCAAAGGAUACAAGUCGGCUUCUGUGAGGGCCGGUGUUCGCACAAUGCGAGUGCCUUUCUGCUCUGCAUGUUUCUUGCUGAGUGGGCUCCUUUUAAGCCACGGUCUCAUCCAGCCCAACCAGGACAACCAGACAGUCAUUGAAGACCUGCUGGGAAUGGAACUUGCAAGUUCUACGCCGCUCGUCAUCAGUAAAGGCGUUAUUCGUCUUAAGAAUGCGCCUACACUAAAGCUUGCCAGCGCCAGCAGUCUUGCGGACGUAACAUGGCAGACCAAGGCUGUUACGCAAGCCAAGGAUCAUCUCAUCAUACUCAUGGAAAGGCUGUGUACCAAGGCACCCAACAUUCUGGUAGUGGACGACGCGAACUAUAUGGACAUGCUGUCCUGGGAACUGCUGGAUAAGUUCGGCCAAGUAACCGCCCAGUACCCAUGCGUCGUGGCAAUGACGAGCAUUCCGCAUUCCGAAAGGGUACUACCACCGCCACACAUUCAGAAGUGCCUUGCCAAAUCUGUGAUCACUGUGGAGAUACAACCGCUGGGUAAAGAAUUUCUGGCAGAUUUUUGCUUCCAACGGCUGAAUGUCAAAGGAGUGCACAACCAGAUACAGAGGUUGCUGAAGGAAUACACCAAAGGCAAUCCCGCAGCUAUGGUAGAGAUUCUGCAAGUUCUGAAGCAGAAGAACCUCAUUCAGAUCGUCAACUCUAACACGAUACCGGAGGCGAGGCUCAAACGGGAGUUUACGGUAGCUCGUGAGGAUGAACAUGAGACCCGGGAGAGCAAACCCGGAGAAGGAUACCUCGUCUGUGACGCAGUCGGCGAAAGCCUAAUGGAUGACGUUCAGGUGCCAGAUUCCCUUCAAGCGCUGACUGUGGUGAGAAUGGAAAUGUUGAACGAACAGGAAAUAGUCUUGCUCAAGAAGGCAUCCGUUUGCGGGAAAGUGUUCGAGGUGUCGCUUCUUAAACUGCUCAGCGCGACUAUGACCACCGCCGAGAUUAAUGUGGCCAUAAAGAAACUGGUGGAACAGCACUUCAUCACCUGUGCCGCUAAUACAACCAUGUCGAACUUUGUGUUCCUGCUCGAGGGCAAAGUGGCCGACCCUCCUGAAUGUCCUCAGUGCGGCCAAGCAGGUUCGCUUAUGAGAUUUCACUCUGCCGCCGUCCACAAAACAAUCUACGCGACGCUGACGUACGACAGUCGAUCGGAAAUCCAUCAGGAUAUAGCGACGUGUCUGGAAGAGAACGCUCUGUCGUGUCGCUUCUGCAAGGAGUACCUCAGCGUUGGUGUCUACACUGAAGCCACAGAUGAAGCAUUAAUGCAAUCGCCACCAGACAGGGCCGACCUACGUGUAUGCAAAUGCCAUAGGAUGAAGGCGAAUGCGUACGGUCAGAUGGGCAACCACUACUUCCAAUGUGGAAUGCGCGGCCGUGCGCUAGAAUCUUUUCUGUCGGCUGCACAGUGCUCGCUGGAGGUCGACGAUAUCAAGCAGGCGGAGGAGUAUCUCGAAAGUAGCGGGUCUGUGUUCAAGGCCUCUACUUGGGAAAACGUCGAUGAUCGCUACCUCAAACUGAAGCGCAUCGCUAUAAGCAGAAUGAGGGCGAGCAUUCAAAUGUUCUACGGCAACAUUGACGAGUCCCUUCAAGAGAUCAAGACUGCUUUUCAGCUCCUUGGUCGCAACAUCCCGAAAGAUUACAGGAAAAAUGCGUCCAACUAUGCCGCGCGAGUGGUGAAGUGUUGUUGUGUGGAUGAAAUUGAGGAAGAAGAGUUCUGUUUGUGCACGGCGGCAAGGGUGUUCCUCAACCGCAGAGAUCCCAGGGUGGCAUUGGAUGUUUCCAGCCACUUCUGGGAACUGGUCACGUGCAGAAAUGCACCUCUGUACAAGAAAAUGCCUGCUAUAGCCUUGGUGAUCGAGAGCAGCCAUUACGUGCAUAUUGCUUACAAAAAGCAAAAAAAGCUAGAAGACACAGCAAUAAAAGACUGCAUCCACGCCCUCGAAGUGGAAAAGCAUCCGAGGGUCAGUGACCUGGUGUCAGUGUUGAAUACAUUGAUCAAGAUUGUCGAGGUUAGAUUUCUGCGCACGGAGAUAAACUCUGCCGUCGACGUUGGUUAUGAAGCGUUCCGAAUCGCUCUGAACGUCCACUACACUUCAAUGCUACUGAAGAUCUUGCCAUACCUCGCACAGACCCUGCUAUAUAGUAAAAAUCACAGCAAAUGUCGGGAAGUGCUGAGCCAUCUAAAACACGUGGCAGAGGUGGCCGAAGACACAGUCGGAAUGGCUCUUUAUUAUGGUGGAUUGGCAGAACUUCUCGUUCAUCAGUUUGGUAUCGAUGUGCCAGCGCUGGACAAUGUGCAAGAACUCUACAAGACGUGCCUGGAGUUUGCCAUCAGUCAAAGUGCCAAGGUACCAUACACUCGCAACAACGAGAUAGAGUUCUACCUCACUGCGGCCAUGGCUAUGUGGACCUCCUCUUGUGGCCUCGACCAAAGUUGUAAGGAAUGGCUCUGCCGUGCAAAGAAGCUUAAGAGUUCCUUCUAUUGGCGUUCUUCUUAUUGGGGAAGAAGAGCUCAGCGGCAUCUUUCAGAGAUCAAGUGGAAGUAGACGUGGAAUCUCUGUACGCAACCGCUGCUACCAUUAUUUUUCUACAAUUGAAAUAUUAAUAACCUGCAUUAUAAUAUGCGUUAUGAACAUAAAUUCAGUCUUCAUCAUUCCA